AUGAAACUCGCGCAGUCGCUCAAAGUGCCCAUGCUGCGCCACUCGAUCGAACUCUCGCUCUGCACGGUCCAAGAAGUGAAGCGGUCCCUCGAGUUUGAGCGCAAGCGGCUGCUCAAAGCGUUUUUACUCUACCAGCUGCUCAUCGGACUCCUCAUGCUUGCGGCCGCCAUCGACACUCUCAUAGUUCCUACGCACUGUCCGAGCAGCUGUAAGCUCGAAACGCGCCCGUUGUUCUCCCACACAUGUACGUGUGCCUACCUCGCUGUCAACUGUGCCGACGCUGAGGCACUCGCCGCCUUCCACGGCGACCUCGCGCACGCCCUCGCACCCAGCAUUUGGGGCGACGCGCUCUUCUACCUCCAAAUAUCCCAGUGCUCGCUUCCGACCGGCUUGGACUUGCAGCUCCUCGCACCGUAUCCGAACCUCAACGUGCUCUCAAUUGAGUUUUCCAACAUGACGUCGUGGGACGCGUCCCCAAAUGGCACGUGGCCUCCGUCGCUCUUUGCUGUCAACUUGCGCUAUGGCAACCUCUCGUCGAUUCCGUCGGUUCUUCAGACGCCGCCGCCAACGCUGCAAACGAUUGGGCUCCUCGGCCACCCGCUGCAGUCGAUAUCGCCCGACUACGAAGCUGACGUCGCUGCCGAUUGA